CAACAUGAGUUCAUUAUGGGCUUCUCGCUGUUACUCGGGGUGGCUGUGUCAGCCCAUCUUGCAGCUGAGGCCAAGAGGCAGAGGGAGGAGCAGCUCUCGCUGGGGCAGAGUUGAGAAACAGGCACGGAGCAGCAGCCCAGAGCUCAGUGCUACAGAACUGGCAGUGACCACGGGUGUGCUCCUCCUCCUGGGAAGCCCUGGGCAGGAGUGGGGGAGACCCAGCCUCCGAGAGGCCGAGACUGGGGGGUCCAGGGCCUGGAACAGGAACCAGAGACUGGACACCAAGCUGGCAGGAACCGGGGAGCUGGACUUGGUCCCUGUCAGCCCCUGGCCUCCCUCGGCUUCCCCUGACUGUCUAGUGACCUUCUCUGUGCUGGGAGGACAGAGGGAGAUUCAGAGCUGGCCCAGGAGACCGGCUGGUGUCGCGUGGCAUUGAGAGGGAGCGGAACAAGCUGCCCUCCCUCUCCGGAAAAUGACCCUGCUGAUCCUGGAGUUAAAAAUAGAGGCGUAUUGAUCGGGGACCAUGCCUAGCACCAGUUAUCAGAGCUUUAUUGGCAAAAGGACCAAACUGAGUCAGCCCCUCAGGGUGAAGGACCGAGGCUGAGAGACCUGAUAAGGGUGCCACAGCCCGAGAGGACCCCGUGGAUGGCACAGAGGGGUACAGGACACAGGACAACUUCCACCUUUCUUCCUAGACUGAAGGAAUGGUGCCCUCAAAUCCAGAAGCUGAGGCUCAUACCCCCAGUGUGACAACAUUAAAGAGCAUCCAGACUCCUUUCUCUGCGGAGCUCAGGCCCCUGGGUCCCCAGUGGCAGGGCAUGGCUAUGCGGGGGUCUCAGGCGGGUGGGCCACAGAGUGUCCUGGAGAGGUGUGGUCCUGGGCUCCGCCAGCCCCUUCCAGGUGUGCAGAAGACCCAGCCCCCUGACCCUGACCCCUUGUGUCGCUUCCAGGUGCCUGGGAGCCAGGCUGUGGUGGGCUCAGAGGCCAGAACGUCCUCUGCAUAUCCCCCACGUGCGGCCCUGCGGAUGGACAUAGGCCUGAACCUUUCUCCUCUUUGGGGUUCUGGGCAGAAGGAGGAAGAAUACAAGGGGUCCUCUGGGGGGGGCACAUCCAGGUGGCACUGGGGACCCCGAGGGGACAGCAGAGGCUCAGAAACCUCUGUUGCCCCAGCCGUCGCCCAGUCCUGUCCCUUUCUGCAGGUGUUUCCCUCGCACGGCGCUCCUAUGUCCCCUGUCCCUCUUCUCUCUCCGUCCUCCCACUUGAUCUCCUUUCCCUCUUUCUUCCUCUCUUCCUUCUCUCUCUCUCCCUCCCUUUGUGUUUUUCCCACACCCCUGUCUCUGUCCCACUGCCCCCUGCUUCCUGUCACCCCUCCCGUUCUCCUGGCCACUGCCUCAGUCCCUGUCACCUUCCUGUUGUUAGUCUCUUGCUCUUUCUGUGUCCCACAGACCUCCAGGACCCUGCUCUCCCUCCUGUCCCCACGCCCCUCUCUCCACAGGCACAGGGAUGGCCAGAGAGCUUCCUGGACAGUGGCUGCCUCGGGCUCAAAAGCUUUCCUGUGCCUGGAAUUUGCUCCGUUUCAUUUCGGGUGCACGAGGCUGUCCCGGGAAGCACAGGGAGGAGAUGCUUUCUGAGCCAGGACUCAACUUUGAAUUCUAAAACCUUACAACUGGAAGAGACCCUGAAGAUCUGUCCCACCAGCCAGCACCUGUAUCAAGUGUCCUGCCGUGCCGACCCCACCCCAGCCCUGAACACUGCCCGUGCUGAUGUCGGAACACCACCCUGGGACUCCUGGGCACUACCCUUUGUACAUACGCGUCUCUGGACCACUACCUGUGGG